AUGAAAGUGAAUAUUUGUUAUUUUAUAAUAACUUUAUGCUAUGCUACAGAAUGGAUAAAAGAUAUUGAAACUUAGCGUCUUUAUUUAUGUGAUAGAGUGGUAGGCUUUUAUUAUGACUCAAACAAAGAUUAGAUUUUUGGUUAUUUUUCUGAAUAUGAAGAGUCUUCUAAACAAGAUCUUGUGUUAAAUCAUUUUUUUUAUAUGAUGAAUAAUUGCAUGCAAGAAUUAAGAAUUAGAUAUCCAGACUCUACUAUAGAUGAAUCAUUAGUAUAAUCAAUAGAUUGGUUAUAAAUGAUUAAACCAGAAUAAUUUAUUUUUGAUCAACGUGAUUUAGGUUAGUUGUCAUUAGAUGAAAUAGAAAUUAAGGGUAGAAUGUAUGUAGAAAAAUAACAUGUAUUAAUUUAAAUUAUGAUUAGAUUUUAGAAAAUUAUGAGAGAAACUAAAAUAGUUUUUCAAAAUUUUUAAGAUCCUAUAAUCUAACAGAGAAAUCAAUAUCAAUAUAUGCAAUAGUUAUAAUAAUGUCUAUUUUCUUUUAUAAUUUCAUCAAAGGUAUAAGUAAUAAUAUUUGAUAGCAAUGAAAUUUAUUAUAUAAGAACAUAUUAAAGAAGAAGAAUAGCGUAAGAACAAGAAAAAAAAGAAGAUUAAUUGA